CGGUGAGGUGAGAGCUUCAAGCUCCUUUCAUGGUGGCUAGAGAGAGAGGACGAGAGAGAGGACGAGAGAGAGAGAGACGGCGAGAGGGUGAGAGAGAGAGAGAGAGAGAGAGAGAGAGCUUCAAGCUCCUUUCAUGGUGGCUAGAGAGAAAUUGAGAUUUGAGUUUGUUGCAGAGAGAAAGCUACGACGGAAAAAAAAUGAAAUUAGGUUUGUAAUAUUUGAGUUUUCUCAAGGGCAAAAUCGACAUUUGGAUAUUUCGACUGAAUCAUCUCCAUCUAACUGCUUCGUUUCGGUUCAUUCAACUGAACCAUCUCCAUCCAACCUAAUUUUCGAAAAUCAUUCAACUGAUCCAUUCGAAUGAGUGAUGUUUUUUGUGUCCAAACAAACAACGCGCUCAGAUUCAGCCAAAUGAUUCAGUUGAAUGAAGAAACGAACAUGGCCAAAAGCUAAAACUUUAAACUGAACCUGAUAGAACAGUACUAUGUUGCUGAUAUUUGAUGGUCCCAAACUUGUUACCAAUGUAUCAGCAACAUGUACUAUGUUCUGAUAUUUGAUGGUCCCAACCUUGUUACCAAUGUAUCUUAAUUUCUUUAGAGAUCAAAAUUCAGUAAUAAUAGUACUGCUGAUGUUUAUCAAAAUACUUUUAUGUUAAAACUUUCCAUCAUUUGUGAAAUGUAUUAUAUCUAUUUGUAUAUAAUUUAGUUUAGGAAACUUAUGAUUUUGUUAAGAAAAUAACCUCUAUAUAAGUUGAUCAAUCGUCUUGUUCUUUAGUUUCAUGGACUAAUUAAAGUACCAGACCCACAAAGAUAUCAAAAAGAAAAAAGUUCACGUACAAACUGAAAACUCUGUUGCAGUUUAGUAGCCUUGGAUGAACGUAGCCAAAUCUACAACCGUUGAUAUAUGAAGUUCUGUUGUAAAACUUAACCGUUUUCUAAAAAUAAACGCUGUAAGCGGGAAAGUCAGAGUCUGCCGUCGUUAGCCCUAACUUAAGUCCCAAGUUAGCAAAUUUUCUACCUGUUCCACAUUUGUCUUUCUCCUUUCUCUGUUCUCCUUUGUCCCCUGAUAUACCAAAACCAAUUCAAAGCCCUAAACAAAUUUCUCCGACCACAUGGAAUCUCGAGGUUCUUCUGAUCAAGACAAUGAACAUAUCGUCCAAGUCAGACAAGCUCUGAUGUGUCCCGACGGCGGAAGAUUCGAAGGUCUCCGAACCGCACAUUUCUUGAAUCACACAACAACCUCCAUAGACGACGACGUUUUCGAGCUUCCUCUCGACGCCUUCGUGACGUCAGAACCAGAGAAACUCUCCUUCUCCGGAUGGGGCUCUCCCUCGGUGAAUUGGAUCGAGUGGGUGAACGCCAUGGCCGAGUCCAACGCCACGAUGUGGCGUAGAUCAGGAGUCUACGACGCGAUCAUGGCGUCGCGGUACCAGAUAACGAAGCAAGACGAUCUGAUGACGGCGCUGGUGGAGAAAUGGUGCAUAGAGACUAACUCCUUCGUGUUCCCUUGGGGAGAAGCGACGGUGACGUUGGAGGAUAUGAUCGUUCUCGGUGGGUUCUCGGCUAUAGGGAACAACGUGUUGGCUUCGGUGAAACGAGACUCGAUGAAGUCUGUUGAGGAGAAGCUGAAGAGAGCGAAACGUGAGAUCGAGGCGAGUUCGAUGAAGAGAUGUUGCGUUAGUUUGUGGAUGAUGGAGAUGAUGAACUCUGGGAAUGAGAUUGAGCAUGAGGCGUUCGUGGUUACGUGGCUGUCACGUUUCGUCUUCCCUAAUUCAGGUGAUCUCGUGAGGGAGAAGCUCUUUGCAGCUGCGGUUCAGCUCGCUAGAGGUGUUAGACUUGCGCUUGCUCCUGCGGUUCUUGCUGGGAUUUACAGCAGUCUUGGAGUUUUGAAGAAGCAGCUCGUUGGUGGGUCUGGAGAGGAAGAAACGGUGGUCACUGCUACAUCCCCGUUUCAGUUUGUGCAAGUGUGGGCUUGGGAGAGGUUCAUGGACGUGCGGCCACCUGGCCACCCUAGCCAGCUAAAGCCUCACGAGCCAAGAAUGGCUCUAUGGCACCACCACGGCGGUGGUCAAGAGGCAAAAAACCAGAGCCACGAGAGUAUCCGAACCGUUCUUGAUUCCGCUAAAGAGAGUUUCCAUCACCGUCCGUACACAAAACCUUUGAAGAACUUUAAGUCUCCUAAGUUCUACUUAGAAGAUGACUGUUGGGUGUCUUUGGAGGAUGAAGACAUUGUAGCGUUUGGUCGGUGUUUGAGAUGCUCUAAGCUGGUGGGUUUGAACUGCAUUGAGCCUUAUUAUCCUCACCGUGUGGCGUUGCAGUUUGGUUAUGAUCAAGAUGUUCCUGGAGUAGUCCCCGUGGUGCUGACGGAGUCGCCGGAGCUGGCUUGGAAGGAUUAUAUAAGGCCGAUUACAGAUGAAAUGAUUUACAUUCCGUCUAGGCUCCGGCGAGCUGAUGUUACGGUAAAGUAUAUAAGAUGGUGGAAACAGUCUGUUACUACUCUACAGGCCAUGGCUAAGAGAAGUACACAUAAGGUUCUGAAAGAGAAACCCACAGAGACGACAACUUCAACAACAACAAUGGUUAAAUCUUCUCCUCCAAGAACCUCUAAAACAGUAGGAUCAAAAGCAGAGUUGAAGGGAGGGAGUUUAAAGACGGUGAGUGAUAAAAGCAGCUCUGCAAAGAGUCUCACAGGUUCGGAGAAAGCGAAGCCUUUGAAGAAGGUUGAAUUGGUCAAGAAGCCAUUGUCUAAGUUGACAAAGACUCCAGGAAGAUCAGUGGAUGAAGCCAAAGAACGUAAAGGAGGACCAGGACCAAGGGUCUCGCAGGAGAUAAAGGCUCGUAGCCAUGUGAAUAUUCUACUUCCCGGUUCACCUGCUAGCUCACCAAAGACUCAACAGUCACUCUCUCAAAAGCAAACCUCUAAAAGUAAAUGAUUAUGUUAUAACAGCUCUAUCUCAUUGACUGAUUAUGACGCGCUUUUGUUUGUUUCUAACUUGUUACUAGCUAGUGCAGGUUCUCAUGUAAUAAGACCAAAAGCAUUACCUGUUAAGUCACCAAGACCACAAGCUUCAAAAGGACCAAAGGGUUCAUCAUCUUCUUCUGUUUCUCCUUUAACAAGCAAAAAGUCAUCCCCAAAAAGCUAUUACCUCGCAUCAGAGUUCAAUAUCUAAAGCCACACC